UUCACUUGAGAGGGUGUCUAUUAUAAAUAAAGCGGCGAGGAUAGUUGUGAAUGUGAAUUAUAUAUUCCUCAUCAACCCGCUGUAACGACUUUAACGUUAAGUAAGAGUGUAAAAGAUGAAUCCGGGUGGUCGCAGACUAAAACAGUGGCUUAUAGAACAGAUCAACAGUAACAUAUAUAAUGGACUGCUAUGGGAGGAUGAGAACCGCACCAUGUUCAGAAUACCCUGGAAACAUGCGGGAAAACAAGACUACAACCAGGAGGUGGAUGCGUCCAUCUUCAAAGCGUGGGCGAUAUUUAAAGGGAAGUUUAAGGAGGGGGAUAAAGCUGAACCAGCAACAUGGAAGACCAGAUUGCGCUGUGCACUCAACAAGAGCCCAGAUUUUGAGGAAGUUACUGACCGAUCCCAGCUUGACAUCUCUGAGCCUUACAAAGUGUACCGGAUUGUGCCAGAGGAGGAACAGAAGUUGGGUAAAGGCACAGUCUCUGCUCUUUCCGGCUGCAGCACUGAUACUGAAAUGGGCUGCUCACCAAACCUGGAUGAACUUCUUAAAGAGUCAUCAAAUGAUGAAUACAUAGGCAUCCUGAAGCGUAGUCAUUCUCCCCUUGAUGAAAGAAGUAACAUGCCUUCAGUGCAGGAAUGGUGGCAGCAGGGAUCUCAGAAUGCUGCUGUUGUUCAACAAGAUCCUGCAGGUACAUUCAAUGCUGCGUUCUCUCAGAUGAUGAUUUGUUUCUACUAUGGAGGUCGGCUGGUGGGCAGCACGGUUACCACUCAUCCAGAGGGCUGCCGUAUCUCCCCCUGCCAGCCCCCUCUGGCUAACAGCUUCUUGUAUGGACCAGACAGCCUCCAGAACAUCCACUUCCCAUCUGCUGAUAUCAUUGAGAACGAGCGCCAGCGUCACGUCACCCGUAAACUUUUCAGUCAUUUGGAGCGUGGCGUACUGCUGCGUGCUAACAGAGAGGGCAUUUUUAUUAAGCGUCUGUGCCAGAGCAGAGUGUUCUGGAGUGGCCAGGACCCUCAGUACAACCCCAACCCUUGCAAACUAGAGCGAGAUGCUGUGGUAAAGAUCUUUGACACUGCCAGGUUCUUGCAAGGACUGCAAUUAUAUCAGGAAGGUCAUUAUCAGCCUCCAGAGCCCACUGUCACACUCUGUUUUGGGGAAGAGUUUCUUGAUUUCAGCACUGUCAAGAGCAAAUUAAUCAUUGUGCAGAUCACAGCAUUGAACUGUCAGCAGUUGGUGGAUGCAGUGACCGCCCGGCGAUCACAGUUCAGCAGUGGGAAUCUGGAAAUCUCAGAUGACAUGGCCAGUGAUCAGAUGGCUCGAAUAUAUCAGGAUCUAUGCAGCUACCCAGUUCCCCAACGAGCCACCUGUUUCAGGGACAACCUGCCGAUUCCAGUCUGAGGCAGAUCUCUGAGCCAUCUAUUUCUCAAAGAAUGAGUCAGUUCACAUUGUAAAAGAGAUGCUUUUACAGUUUUAUUACAUAAAAAAAAAAAAAAAAAAGAUUGAUCUUUAUGCCAUGUAUAGCAUUCUGUUCUCUCAGGGCAGAAAUAGUAUAUGACAGAAGGUUUUCAAUGUUCUCAGGGAUAAUGUACUCAUUUGUUAGAAUAAAUUUCUUUGUCUUUGUCUAUUUUUUUAUUUUUUAUUUUUUUUGUCCAAAACAUUUGAACUUUAUGUUAUUUGUAGAACUGUUAUUUUUUACUAUUCACUGUAAAGUUGAUAGGUUUUACUAUCCUUAAUUUACAUAUACUCUUUUUAAGAAAUAUAAUUGGUUGGAGUUGAAUGCAGACUAAAUGUCAAAUGAGAAAUCUGUGAAUAAUUAAAGAAAUUUAAAAUAA